AUGUUGACCAUCGCCUUUGUCGUAUCCGUGCUUUGUCUUUGCACGGCUGCGUCUCCUGCCACCUUCGAGAAGCACACGGUCACGGUUCCCAUGAUCAGACGCGGCGCGCCUUCGAGCACCGGGUCCGUAAACAUGUCAGACUUGCAAGCACGAGUCGACGCCUUGGUCCUUAAAUACGAAAGCGGCAUCUACGCCUACGCUCAAAAUACUGGGUCCAACCCCCCUUUCAGCCCAUCGUCUGGCCGCCGCUCUAGCGUAAGACGUGCAUAUACCUCCGAGGAGCUCACAGACGAGGAGGGCGGCGCGCUAUGGCAGGGCCUCGUCACCGUCGGCAGCCCUACGCAGACCUUCACCGUCAACUUUGACACUGGCUUUGGCGAUGUCGUGCUACCGGGGACGGCCUGCACCUCGGCCUGCAAAGGGCGGACGCAAUACAAUCCCAUCGCGAGCAAAAGCGCUGUCGACCGACGCGAGGCGUUUAAGUGGACCAGUCCCGAUGGUGACAUGAGCGGGCGGGUGUACGGCGACGUCGUCGGAGUCACUGGUCUUCAGGUAUCUAACCAGACACUGGCCGUGGCGAGCUCCUACACACCUGACUUCUCCGCGUCGCUACUCCCAGCAGAUGGCGUGCUUGGGCUGGCCUUCCCUUCUGUAUCCCGCCUCAACACCUCGCCUUUCAUCCAGUCACUAGUCGACCAAGGCCAGAUAUCCGCUCCUGUUUUCGCGUUCAAAUUCGCAGACGACGGAUCAGAACUGACAUUAGGCGGAACGAACAAUAACCUAUACACCGGCGGCUUCACCUACGUGCCGGUCGAGACCAAGUCGUUCUGGAACGUCCGCCUCGACGGCAUUUCUAUUAACGGCACGCUGACGCUGGGGAGCAGCCCGAGCAUGAUCGACACGGCCACCGUGCUGCUCCUCGCCCCGGCUGCGGACGCGCACACGCUCUACGCCGCGAUCCCGGGGAGCAAGCCUGCGCGUACGCCCGCCGGCGACCAGAUCUACACGUACCCGUGCGCAUCCGCGACGACGCUCAGUCUCAUUUUCAACGGCAAGGCCUUCAAAAUUCCACCCGCGCUGUUCAGCUUGGGACGCGUGCAGGGACAGGACGGCAUGUGCGUCGGCGCCGUCGCGGGUUCAGAGCGGGUUUCGUUUUGGGUGGUCGGCGAGUCAUUUUUGCAGACAGUGUACACGUCCUUUGAUAUGAGCAAGAGUCGUGUUGGUUUCGCGGCUCUCAGGUAG